AUGCCUGUCGCUGCAGCGCAGAGGCCAGCCAAUGCCGCUGGUCUGACCAACAUUCUCAACACAGAUGAGCCACCUGCCCAAAGUGCGCCGCCUCCUCAGUUGCGAGACUCUGGCUUCUACUCUACCGCCGAGGCCUCCAGCAAGCAUACCUCUAGUGCCUCGUACAACGGUGCCGGCCUCAGCCCUGCCGCAUCUGGAUAUCAGUCUUCCAUUGCCGAUAAGACACCCUCGCCAGUUGCCACAAACACUCUCCCUCACCACCAGUUGUCGCCCGCCUCUGCUGUCAACACUCAUCCCCAGCUGUCACCCGCCUCUGCCGCCAACAUGAGCGUCGCCGCCAUGGUAUCACCCACCGCGUCUGCCGGCCUUGACCGCCGCUUCGACCGCCCCGGCUCCCACGAGUUCCCCGGCCACUUGACCGACACCGGUCCUCCUUCUAACCUUCGCCGCGAGAGCGUCGAUAGCAGAAUCAAUCAGGGUUUGAGUGAUAUGCGCCUCGGCGGUUCCCCAUACACCAGCAACAAUCAGUCGACGAGUUCUAUUCAGAGCACACUGCACAACCAGCGCAACCCUCGCGCCGGCAUGGACACAUAUACCGCCCAUAGAAUUUCCAAUGGCUACCAGCCCAGCAACGACCGCAACCCGGAGAGCAAGACGGGCCGCACAGCUCCGGCCAUCACGGGUCCCGCCACCAGCAACAUUGCCCGUGCUGCCGAGCCCACCAAAGGUCAGGCCUGGGCUUUUCCCGAGGAAGAGAUCAAGCGCGUCAGCCACUAUGACGAUUCACGACGGAGCAGUAUCACCGACUCUAUCGCGAGCAGUCAAUUUACCACUGAGUCGCGUUUGCCUUCGGGCCAGCGCCGAUUGGAUGAGAGCAGCGACUAUGCUCGCAUGUCGGGACAUUCAUCCGAGUUUCCUUCUGUACACCAUCACACCAUGCAGCACAAGCAGCUCAGCGAUCUCCAGGCCGAAGAGGGUGCCGGAGGCCCGGGAGCUCAACCAUAUAGCCGCACACCAGAGCUCCGCGUCAGCCACAAAUUAGCCGAACGCAAGCGUCGCACAGAGAUGAAGGAACUGUUCGACCAGCUGAGAGACUUGAUGCCCCAGGAGCGUGGGUCAAAGGCGUCCAAGUGGGAGAUUCUGACCAAAGCCAUUACCGAAUAUCAAAGGCAGACUGAUCACGUUCGCAUUCUUCAAUCGCACUACAACUCUGCCGUCUCGGAUAAUGAGCUUCUUCGACGCGAGCUUCAAAACGUCAAGAUGGACCUUCAAAACGUCAAGAUUGAGCUGGCGCAGGCUCGUGGCGAUGCCCACGCGCCCCCCUCCCAGUCGCAGAGCCACGCCGCCCCUGCACAUCCCUUCCCACAAGAGCCAUACUCAUCGGCCUCUAACGGAGCUGAGCUUCCUCCACUGCGAUCCAUCAGCAACAGCAUGUCCAAUGGCCCCGAUUCGAUGACUGGGGUCCAAUACGACGCUCCCAGAUCCAACGGCUACCGUGACCGGUACUAG